CUCAACCUGUCUCUGUCUUCCUACGCCUCAGUUCCUUUAAGAAGUUUCCUCACAUGUCGUCCUACCACCGUAUGCUGGUCCAUCGGGUGGCGGCCUACUUUGGCAUGGAGCACAAUGUAGACCAGACGGGCAAAUCUGUCAUCAUCAACAGGACCAGCAGCACUCGCAUACCAGAGCAGAGGUUUUUGGACCAGGUGCAUAAGGACAAGACAGAAGAGAUCCACCGGUGGAAAAUCAUUCUGAAGAGGGACAACAGCUCAGACGACCAGAACCGACUUCACCCCUUACGGGAGAAGCAGAGCAAGUCGAUGGAGGAGAGAGAGGAGGAGUACCAACGAGCGAGAGACCGAAUCUUCAGCCAAGAGCCGGCCUGCGCCCAGGAGAGCGCUCAUGCAGAAACCAGGGCUGCUGCGGAGGAGUACAAUCCAUAUGCUGAGACCCAGAGGAGAAGGCAGCUCUUCAGGGGGAGCCGCGACAGCUCCGGCUCCAGCUGGACGGGCAGUAGCAGGCAAAGUAGCACUGAGACUGACUGUCGCUAUAGCAACGAACUCCGACCUUGGAGCAGCACAGACUCUUCAGAUUCUUCCUACCAAUGGACGAGUCCCGCCAUGAUACCUCGCCAAGCUGCGAACCACAGCUGGGACGCACGUGCCUCAGGCUCCAUCUCUCUUUUCAGACUGCCAUCCACUCACCCUCACCCCUCCACCCCCCCCAUCAUAGACGAGCCGGCUCCUACCUCUGCCUACAUCAUAGAGAACGGGAUCCCGCCGGGAAGCAUACUUGUGAACCCACAUACUGACCUCUCCUCGCAGUUUGCUCAUGUGAGCUGUCAGUCGACGGGUGAAGCCCCGCCCCUCUACCCUCCCACCCAGGGUUACUUAUAUGCAGCGCCUCCCCCCCCUCCAAACCCACCCAGCUACUGCCAGCCCUCACCUCCGUUACCUGUGUAUUACUACGGCCAGUACCCUACCUCAGCUCAGCACCAGUGCAGGCCCAUCUCCCCGAGCCAGCACAUCCUCAGCCAAGCAGCCCCACCGACAGCCGCUUACGGCCCUGCUGUGGGGGUGCAGCAUCCCUCACACCCCCCGCCCCAGGCUGUGCUGGGGUCCUACACAGCAAUGGCCCCUCAUCAGCGUAGCAUAGCUCAGGGAGGCGUUUCAGUGUCCUAUCCCCAAAGUAAAGUUGCCAGGGAGGGGGGUUACUGCUGCGUGGUGCCCCCACCCCCCCACCUGGGCAGCUGCCACCCUCCCAGCUGCCCCCCCCUUGGUGCCCCGGCCUGGGGCGCUCAGUACUGA